CAGUGUGUGGAUAUUACAGCCACAGGAACAGAGGGAGAACAAGUGCUCAUUACGUGUCCUUAUGCUAAAGGAUAUGAAAAAGCUUACAAAGGCUUUUACAAAGGAAAUUACAAAGAUUAUGAUGUUAUACUAAAAUCUAAUGGAGGAGAGACCUCAGUCAGUGGCAGAAUCUCUCUGCGGGACGAUGGCAAGAUGAGAUCAUUGACAGUGACCAUCAGAAACCUGAAGAUGGAAGAUGCUGGACCAUACAUCUGUCGAGCUGGAUAUGGAUACCUUAAACAAAUCCAUCUAAAUGUGAUCAGAGCUCCACAGAGACCAAGACCUGUCCAGAUCUUUACCUCCACCAUUCAUCCAGAUCAAACGAUCAGCUCACUUUCAAACACGCCGCCCCAUUUGAGCACAUCAGACUUGAACCCACAAUCCAGCACCAUCAGGAUCACAGAUCAUCACAUCUCCUCACCAGCUCAGAUCAGCUGCUGCCCUUCCUCUCUCAGUUUAUUUGUCAUCAUCAUCAUCAUCAUCACAGCAGGAGGUCUGGUUUUGCUCCUGAUUUUUGCUGCAUCGCUUGUUGUUUCCAUAUGGAAGAAAAAGACUUAUGGUUUGGUCUCCUCUUCUGCUGAAGGGCUUCAUCUGACAGAAAAGAGAAGAAAAGAGAAUGCUUAUGAGAAAGGAAACCCAGCUGUGGUCUCACACUCACACACAGCUCAAAGUCAUGAUGGUUUUGUAUUGAACAAAUUUCACAGACCUGCAAACACAGAUACAGUUGACACAGACCUCGACUACAUGAAUGUUGCUGCUGCAGUGAGAAACGGUGUGGAUCCAGAUCAGAUCUACACAGAACUGAACGCCAGCAGACAGAGUGAUGUUUAUCAGAGUCUCAGAACUGAUUCUGUUCAAGAAGAGUCCAUCUAUCACAAUAUUGAUCAAACACCUGAACACUGAAGCC